AUGUUCAAUAUUGUUGCAGAAUGGAGGCGAGAGGGGACAAGCGUGGAGGAUCCCAAGGAGGCUGUCCAGAAAAUAGGACGUUUCAUCAUGGCAUUGAAGUUGCCGGAGGAAGUCCAAGCGGAGCGAGAAACUCAAGAUGCUGUAAGAAGCAUAAACAUCACAGGCGCCACCGAAGCUCGCGUCAUGGAAAACUUAAAUUUAUCUCUGCAUAUCCAAGGGAGUCCUCCACUGAGUUUAUGCUGGUUAAUCAAGACGGAAUGUAUCCCGCUUGUGGGAGACCAGUGCCACCUAGUGGUGAUGAAUAGCACGCAAUACUAUCUGAACCACACCUUCAACCAUGCUGGACAAUACUGCCUUAGUAUCCGGGUAGAGAACCGAGUGAACAUCUUGCAGUCCUACCAGAAGAUUAAGAUAAGGCCCUCAGGCAUCCCCGCAGUUUUCUUCGUCCUGCCCUGCGUCAUCCUUUUGCUGGCCAUGCUGGGUUUAGCCAUCUACAUGACCUUUAGAAGCCCCGUGCAGCAGAAAGACCUGGUGGAGGUUGCCGAUUUUGACUUCUCCCCCACCUCCGCCAAGAAGCCAUCCAGCGCCCGAUGGAACUGGGGCCAGAUUUGCUGUGGAACCUGCUGCUUCCUUUGGUCGUCUCCGGAGCGUUGCCACCCAGCCGAAGAGCACCAUCGCCUCCUUCAGUCCCUCUGCAAAUCCAGACGGCCGUACAGUGCCUGA